AUGGACGGGGCAGGCGUCCAAUGGGGCCUCCGAGCGCCGGCCGUUGCGCCAAUGGGAGCGGCGGGAGGCGGGGAUUCCUGCCGCCAGCUGGGCACUGGGCUGCGGGCGGACGGGACGAUGAGUGGCCGGCGGCGGCGGCGGCGGAGUCCUGGGGGCGGCGGUGGAGGAGCCCCGGCAGGAGGAGAGCCGCCGGGGUUGCAGAAGAAGCAGAAGCGACUGCUGAUCCACCAGGCCCUGACCAGAGACCCCGUCGAUGUCGAGGGCCUCCGGGUGGCGGCGCUGAGCCAGGGUGGGCUCCUCACAGACGAGAUCCGCCGGAAGGUGUGGCCCAAACUGCUGGGCGUGAAUGUGUAUAGUCUGCCGCCCAAGCCAGGUCGGGAAGUGCGCCGGAACCACAAAGAUUGCCACCAGGUCCUCCUGGAUGUGCGCCGUUCUGUUCGCCGCUUUCCUCCAGGCAUGCCUGAGGAGCAGCGGCAGGCCCUCCAGGAGCAGCUGACCGAUGUCAUCCUCCACGUGCUGAAGACCCACCCUGAGCUGCACUAUUACCAGGGCUACCACGACAUCGCUGUGACUCUCCUGCUAGUCUCUGGUGAGCGCAUGGCCAUUGCUCUGCUGGAGAGGCUGUCCAUGCUUCAUCUCAGGGACUUUAUGGACCCCACUAUGGACAGCACCAAGCACAUCCUCAAUUACCUCAUGCCUAUUCUGCAGCAAGAGAGCCCUCGACUCCAUGACUUCAUGCAAAGAGCCGAGGUGGGGACCAUCUUCGCCCUGAGCUGGCUGAUCACCUGGUACGGCCACGUCCUUGCCAACUUCCAGCACAUCCUUCGCCUCUAUGAUUUCUUCCUGGCCUCCCACCCUCUCAUGGCAGUUUACUUUGCCGCUGCGGUUGUCCUCUUCCGCGAAGAGGAGGUGCUGGCCUGUGACUGUGACAUGCCCAGCAUCCACCAGCUCCUGUCCCAGAUCCCUCAGGACCUGCCUUACGAGACCCUCAUCGUCCGUGCCCACCAGCUUUUCCAGCGUCUCCCCCACGCCGAGCUGGCCAAGCAGGCAGCGCUUCAGCUCCAGAAGAGCAUCAGCAUUGGCACUUUCUCAGCCUUCCAGCAGGCUGCUUCCUGCCAACGCCCAGAUGCCAUCCUGCGCCAGCAGCAGCAGCAGCGAAACUUGACCACCAGCACGGCGGAGGAGGCAGCCGAGCACAGCCCUUUGGUGAAGGCCGCGGUCUGGGGCAUCACAGCCACGCUGGGGGCCGCGGCACUGGCCGUCACGCAGACCGCCCUGGAGUGGACUCCCGAGUUCCUCCUGCAGCUCUUCUGACCUGGAGCGCAAGACAUUGCACCCAGUGGAACUGGAGGGCCGCCUCUUGGGGGCGCCCUAGCUCUGGAGUCCCUGCACUGAGCAAAGGGAUCAACUCAAAGGCCACCCAACUCUAUGAUUCUGAUCCAAAGACUCCUGAUUCCCUGGAAUGCUCUGCAGGGCAUGGGGCAGCCAAAACGCAAGCCAGGGGCGAGUGGAAACCACCGGCCAGCUUGCAUGCACUUGCUAACAGCUCCGAUUCCCCGCAGAGAUGCCGUGAGUGUUGCAGCGCCUGGGGAGGCUGCCCAUGUGCCAAGGAGCUGGCGAGGGCUCGACCCCUGGGCUCACCACUGCCGUUCCCCUUCCCUGCAUGAGGGCUGGGGUCUCCACCUUUGUGCAGCCAGUAAUGGCUUCUCCUUGAACAGUCACAGGGAGGCUCCGGGCUUCCUUGCCCCAAAGCUGCAUUGCCAUAGGCAACACAUUCAGGGAUGGGCGUCUUGAGGUGGCAUAGCAGAGGUCAAAUUGCACCUGACCCAGGGCAGAGAGGCAUGGCUGAGGAUUAGAGUUUCAGUCCCUGGCGUUCUCCAGGAAGGGUGGGGUUCCUGGGAAAGAUCCCCCGUUUGAAACUCCAGAGAUCCACUGCCAGCCCACUGAGCUAUAGAUGGGCCAGCGUCUAACGUGGAACGAGGCAGCCUCCUGUUCAUAUCUGAAGUGGCCUGAAAGCAAUAGUUGCCUCUGCUUUGGGGUCUAGUGCCUGCUAAGUCUGCAAAGCCCUACUGUCACCUCGGCAUUUCUGGGGUCCCCUCUCUCCCCAGACGGAGAACAGCAUGAGAGCCUUGAGGCGAGGGUUCCUCAAACCUUGGGUGCUGCUACCAACAUGCUGAUCGUAUAUGUAUACAGGCUCAAGGCAAAAAUCCCAAACCUAAAGGGAUAUUUACUCUGACCAAUGCAGAGCCCAAGGGCAAUUUGAAGCAGUGAGACUAUCCAUGUUUUCAACUCACCUGACACAGGGUGGAGCUGGAUGGGCUCACACAGGCGGCGCCACUAGGAGAGAGUUUGCAGAGUCCCAUUAUAAAUGGUUUAUUUACUAGGAAGUGGAGGAACACAGGCACAGCCGUUAAACCCAAAUGAACAGUAGGGAGAGAUCUGCCUGGAAUAUGCUUUGAAUUCUUGGUUGCCGUUGGAGGGGGAGUGCUCUGUAGGCACCUUCGUUCCAUGCCUGGAUUUCAAGAGAGUCCAAUGGGGGCUCCUGUGCAGGGGGGGGCCUCUCAUUUCCCGCCUUGGGCUCCCGGCCGCCUGCCUUGACUUUCACGCACAAGAAAUCUGGCCGCAGCUCCUUGUAUACAGGGCCAGCCGUUCCAUGAGGCAGAGUGAGGCAGCUGCCUCUGGCGGCAGAUUCUGAGGAGUGGGAAGUAGCCAGAGCUGUGUGCUGUCUGCCCUGGGGCGCAGAGGGCGGCUCUGUUCUGUCACCAGGGCUGAAGUAGAGUCAGCUCCUACUCUAGUCAGAUUUUGUGCCCAGAAUAGGGAAUGCCUUGUCUUGUCCUUUGCCUUUUCGUCAUCUGGGUGGUGGCAGCCUCUCCCCCCCCCCCCCAUUUGCCAAAUGGACCAGACGAUGUGAGUAAAAACCGUGUGUGUGCAUUUAUUUAUUUUAUAUUUGUAUCCUGCUUUCCUCUGCUAGCAGACCCCAAAUGGGACUGCCUCCCCCCUGUCGAAGUGCUGCUCUGAUCGCUCCUGUCCCCGUUGAAGGUCCAGCUUCUCCCUUUACAGUUGUGGACUAGAAAGGCACACACGAAGUGGGAGUCCCGGUCCCCCCGCUGACCCCCCUACUCAGUCACACGACUUGCCUUGAAGGGGAGAACAAGGAAACACAGACUGUGUUGGGUUCAAUGAGACUUUGCUGAAAGCAAAGGAAAGCUUUAUAAAAUAAAUGCUUUUGACUU